AUGGGUUCCAUUGGCAAGAUAGAGACAAGGCUGUUCAUAAAUGGCAAGUUUGUUGAGUCUUCAGACGGGAAGACUUUUCCCAUCAAAUCACCAGCGACCAGGGAAGUUGUCGCCGAAGUGUACGAAGCCAGCGAAAAGGACACCGAUGCCGCUGUAGCUGCCGCCAAAGCAGCCUUUCCGGCAUGGUCUGCUCUCUCUCCUGCCGAGAGAGGUGCGUACUUGAAAAAACUGGCAGCGCUGUUGGUCGAAAGUGGCGAGGAGUUGUCUCGAUUGGAGGCUCUUUCGAUGGGUCGGCCGGUGUCGUUGUAUUUCGACCAUCGAGCCGCAGCCAGCACCUUUGAGCAUUAUGCCGAGGCCGGAUAUGAAGUUCAAGGUGUUAGCAGCUUGAACACUCCAGGUUUCGUUAACAUGACAUUCAAACAGCCGUACGGGGUUGUCGCCGCAAUUAUUCCCUGGAACGUUCCGCUGGUGUUUUUCGCAAACAAGGUGGCGCCUGCGCUUGCGGCGGGAAACACUGUUGUUUUGAAGAGCAGCGAGAAAGCGCCGUUGACGUCUGCCAAAGCUGCGACUCUGAUCGAGAAAGCAGGUUUUCCUCCCGGAGUCAUCAAUGUUAUAUCCGGACACGGGCAGACAUCAGGGGCCAUAUUAUCGUCACACAUGGACGUCCGAGCCCUCAGUUUUACCGGAUCGUGUCGAACUGGCCGUCUCAUCCAGGCUGCUGCAGCAAAAUCCAAUCUUAAGCAUGUUGUCCUUGAAUUGGGGGGAAAGUCACCUGCCAUUAUAUUUGACGAUUGCGACCUCGAAGAUGCCGUCAAGGAAACGAAGUUCAGCAUUCAGUACAACAGUGGCCAGGUUUGCAUGGCCAACAGCAGAAUCUAUGUCCAAGAUACCCUUGCUGAUAAAUUCAUUGAGGCGUUCAAGGAGCAGUUUGCCAAAGUCUCUGCAGGAGAUCCGCUGGACCCCAACACCAACCAUGGUCCACAGGCUGAUUCCGCGCAGUUCGACACUGUACACAAAUAUAUUGCAGCUGGAAAAUCGACUGGGACGCUGGCCCUGGGUGGUACAGCGGAUGUGCCUGGUCUCUCAGAGUCCGCCCAGCAAGGUUAUUUUGUGCCACCGACCAUCUUCCUGCACACGCCGGAAGAGGCUGCAGUGAUGAAAGAGGAGAUCUUCGGACCUGUUGUGAACAUCAAUACCUUCAAGACUGAGGAGGAGGUUAUUGCCAAAGCCAAUGACAGCGAGUUCGGUCUGUACGCGGCGGUGUACACCAAGGACAUCAACCGGGCCAUGAGAUUUGCAAAGGCAUUAGAGGCAGGCACAGUGGCUGUCAACUGCACCAGUCCAACGACGGCAAGAGACAUGCCAUUCGGCGGCUACAAGAGCAGUGGCUCAGGUCGGGAAGGCUUCGGACACAGUCUGAACAAUUUCCUCGAGACCAAAACUGUGUUGAUCAAGGUCAAGUGA